AUGGCCUACAAACCUCCCUAUUUUUCAGUCGAAAUCCUCUCCACGUCCGGCGAGAAGAACGAGCUGAAAUGGGAGGUGCGCACGUUCUACGACACGGAAACGUGGAGCGAAGAAACCUACUCCGGCGUCUCCAACUCGAACGAGCGCGCCUACGUCUCCUGCAACCUCGAUGAGCAAUUUGUCGACAACUGGCUUUUCACGCCGCUGAGAGAUUCCGGAAGGGCAAAUCGAGUCCACAUCUAUACCAACUACUCCCUUCGUGAUUGCGGGAAAGCCGGAAAAUACUGCAGGAGACUCCACACCGUGGUCGUCAACGGCUCGAAUGUUCGAUUCGCUUUUCGCGAUACCGGCAGCUGCGUUUCCAUCCUGGCCGUGAAGAUCUACUACGAGCUGUGCGCCGAAGAAACCCUCGGCUUCACCACAUUCCCGGAGACCUCCACCUCAGCCAAGGUCUUCGAUACGGUUGAUGUGAAAGGACGAUGCGUGGACCACGCUGAACCGGUCCGUGAGGGUGUCCCACCUAUGGGAAUGUGUCGGGCUGACGGUCAAUGGAAGACGCCGGUCGAUGGAGGGUGCCAAUGCAAAGCCGGCUACUUUCCAGAGUCCAGGAAUCGGUGUCAAGGUGGGUUUUUGGGGGCU